CUUAUUAAAUUCCACUGACAUCUAGCUUGACAUAACUGAAUUUACUUAGAUAGGACAGACUGGAGAAAUACUCUUGGUUGAAAACAUUUUAUCAGCACCUCGAAUGACAACAACCUUUCGAAGUGUAUGCAAAUUUCUAAAGGGGUCAAAAUGUGUCUUGACACAAAAUUGUGUCUUGUAAUAUUAGGAUUUUUCUGUUCCUCUAUCAUUGUUCUGAACAAUUGCAGAAAGCUCGACGGAUACAAGUUUCCAGUGUAUACAACAACAUUUUGUCCAAGAAUUAAAACAGAAUGGAAUGAGAGGUCGUCGGCUCUCAACUGUAACAAAAGUAACGGCUACAUGUGUUUACCGAACGAUCGCUUCGAUGAGCUUUUAGAGUUCUGUUACAGAGAACCUGUUGAAAGAAUUCAGAAAGGUUUUUGUUUAUAUUUAGUAAAAAAGGUUUCACUAGUUCACUCAUACAGCUGCAGUCGUUUUACACAAGGAUGUCAUGAUCACCCUUUUUUUAGCAAUGAAAUCUAUAAGUACCCAGCUUGUAUUUCAAUUGGAAAUGGGUGUUUCCUAGCUGAACCAUCUUGUAAAAGUAAAACAUCAUUUCGUAUUCAAAACGGAUCACGGCAUUUUGAAAACGUCUCAACCAACGAAUGGAAUGGCAGUACAACAACUCACUCUCAGCUAUCGUCAGAACGUCCUCAGUUAGACAUUACACCAAUCAACGACGAUGACGACACUCUAUUAGUUCCAAUAAUUUUAGGAAUAUCCACCCCGUUAUGUAUUCUUUCGUUGCUGUUCGGCUACUACAUAAAACGAAAAUAUCAACUAUGCAGAACUAAUGGUGAUGUAGAAAGACCAGGAGGAGAAAAACGUACAAAAUCAAACAAUGAAGCUAUAGAUAUUACUCUGAGAAAAGACGAAAUACAUAGAGAGGAAGAUUUUGAACCGUUACUUGGUGACGGAAAACCUGAUAAGAAGAGUACAGAUAGUCUUGAGAUGGAGGAGAUUUAUAACAGAUCACAAAUCAGAAGGAAUUCAAAAAGUCACGAAGGACAAUUACCUACAACAUCUCUGAAAGAAGAUAAGGCUACCAAAGUUCAAGAAUAUCAACUAUGCAGAACUAAUGGUGAUGUAGAAAGACCAGGAGAGCAACUUAAAAAAUCAAACAAUGAAGCUAUAGAUAUUACUCAGAGCAAAGAAGAAAUACAUAGAGAGGAAGAAUUUGAACCGUUACUUGGUGAUGGAAAACCUGAUAAGAAGAGUACAGAUAGUCUUGAGAUGGAGGAGAUUAAUCCCAAAUCACAAAUCAGAAGGAAUUCAAAAAGUCACGAAGUACAAUUACCUACAUCAUCUCUGAAAGAAGACAAGGCUACCAAAGUUCAAGAAUCAAAGCUUGAAAGAGACUUAUUCGACCAAUGGAAACAGGACGACCUCUGUUUUAUCUCAACAAAAGCGUGUGAAGAAGUAGAAAAAAAUGUAAAAAGCAAGAGCCUUGUUAUUGUAGCUGGUCACUCAGGAUCCGGAAAGUCGGCCAUUAUUCAACACAUUGCACUCAAGUACAGGGAGCAGGGCUGGACCGUAAAACGAGUGAAAAAGGUAGAGGACAUCAUAAACGAAUAUUCUGCAAGUCGAUUUCAAAAAAAUAAAACCAUUUGUGUUUUUAAUGAUCCAUUAGGAAAAGAAUCGUUUGAUGAGCAAUUGAAUAAUUCAUGGCAGACAUAUGAGGAAGAAUUAAAGUUAUACUUAAAAACAGCUAAACUUAUUAUGUCGUGUAGAAAUCACAUAAUUUCUGAUACUAGAGUGACACGUUAUCUCCUGAAUCAUACACACACCGUAAACAUCGAUGAUAACAAAUAUAAAUUAUCAGUUGAUGAAAAACGGAAGAUUUUGAAAAAGCACACAUUCAGUAUGAAUAUAUCUAAAAGAGAUUUUGAUAAGAUCGUUGAAGUUGAAAUGUAUUUCCCGCUAUUGUGUAAAUUGUUUUCUAGCAAAGAGGAAUUCAAAGAUAUGGGCAUAUACUUUUUUAAAGAACCCGUAACAGUACUAAAAGAGGAGAUCAUAGAGUUAAAAAGAAACGACAAGGGUAAAUAUUGUACUUUAGCUCUCCUUGUUCUUUUUAACGAUGACCUUUGCAUAAGUGAGAUAUUUAAGAAUAAGGACACGGAAAACAAAUUUAAACUCGCGUUGAAACUCUCUGGCUUACCAAAGAGGACACCACCUUCAACUAUUAGAGACAAUCUCUACUGCAUCAACGAUUUUUUUGUCAAAAGAAUUGGUGACACGUAUCAUUUUUAUCAUGAUUUUGUGAUGGAAGUUACUACCUAUGUGUUUGGAACAGAUUAUCCCGCUGAAACAAUAAAAUACGCUGAUAUCGGCUUCCUCAGAAGAAGAGUAAAAUUGGGAAAUAGUGACAAAUGCAACGACUCGUUCACUAUUUUUCUAACGGACCGAUACACUGAAGAACUUGGAGAAAGGCUUUAUACUGAACUGUUUGGAGAACGCCUGUUAGAUGUCGUCCUUAACCCUUGUCUAAGGAAUGAAAAAGUAAUAAAAGUACUGAAAGAAAAGAUAACUGAAUGUCCUGAAAAUCUACAUAAGUUGCUAGAAACAAAGAAACUAGCAAUUAACAAACAAGAGCUUGAAAGGACAUCUAACAACUUAGGUUUGACUAAACUUUCCUUUAUUGGUUUAGAAAAUGAGGUAUCGCCACUUUUUGCUCUGAUUGCAUUUUGUCACACAAAUCUAUCGCGAUAUUGCUUAAUUACUCUACAACAAAUGCAAAUUGAUGUAACCGGCUGUAUUUCUGCACUAUAUUGCAAUGGUUCAAAAGAUUUACUGUUUACUGUUUUAAAAAACUAUCCAGAAGAAUAUUUAAAAAAAACAUGGGGAGGACUUUGUCCUAUUCAUAUUGUAUCUGCGUUUCAUAAUGAGGAAUUACUUGGUGAAUUGAUUAAGGUAGGUGUGGAUGUCAAUAAAAAAAAUUGCUUUGGUUGGACGCCUCUUAUGUUAGCAGCAGGUUUUGAUACUCAAGAAUACGGGGACUAUAACUGUAGAAAAUCAGCUGCAGAACAAAGAGAUAAAACUGUACAACUUUUACUGAAAAAUGGAGCACACAUUAAUCUAUCAGACAUUAAUCUAUGUAUGGAAAAAGGAUUCAGUCCUCUCUAUGCAGCUUGCUUUUGGGGACAUGAUCGCACUGUACAACUUUUACUCAGAAAUGGAGCAGACAUUAAUUUACGUACGGAGGACGGAGCCAGUCCACUCUUUAUAGCUUGUCUAAACGGACAUGAUCGCACUGUACAACUUUUAUUGACUAAUGGAGCAGACAUUAAUUUAUGUAUGGAGAACGGAGCCAGUCUACUCUUUUUAGCUUGUCUAAACGGACAUGAUCGCACUGUACAACUAUUACUAACUAAUGGAGCAGACAUUAAUUUAUGCAUGGAGAACGGAGCCAGUCCUCUCUUUAUAGCUUGUCAUAACGGACAUGAUAGCACUGUAAAACUUUUACUGAGUAAAGGAGCAGAUAUUUAUUUAUGCAUGGAGAACGGAGCCAGUCCUCUCUAUAUAGCUUGUCAAAACAGACAUGAUAGCACUGUACAACUUUUACUGACUAAUGGAGCAGACAUUGAUUUAUGUGAGAAAAAAGGAGCCAGUCCUCUCUUUAUAGCUUGUCUAAACGGACAUGAUAGCACUGUACAAAUUUUACUGACUAAUGGAGCGGACAUGAAUUUAUGUGAGAAAAACGGAGUCAGUCCUCUCUUUAUAGCUUGUCAAAACAGACAUGAUAGCACUGUACAAAUUAUACUGACUUAUGGAGCAGACAUUAAUUUAUGUGAGAAAAACGGAACCAGUCCUCUCUUUAUAGCUUGUCAAAGCGGACAUGAUAACACUGUACAACUUUUACUUACUAAUGGAGCAGACAUUAAUUUAUGUAUGGAGAAAGGAGCCAGUCCUCUCUUUAUAGCAUGUCAUAACGGACAGGAUAGCACUGUAAAACUUUUACUGAGUAAAGGAGCAGAUAUUAAUUUAUGCAUUGAGAACGGAGCCAGUCCUCUCCUUAUAGCUUGUCAUAACGGACAUGAUAGCACUGUACAACUUUUACUGACUAAUGGAGCAGACAUUAAUUUAUGUAUGAAGAACGGAGCCAGUCCUCUCUUAAUAGCUUCUUGUCAAAACGGACAUGAUAGCACUGUACAACUUUUACUUACUAAUGGAGCAGACAUUAAUUUAUGUAUAAAGAACGGAGCCAGUCCUCUCUAUCAAGCUUGUCAAAGCGGACAUGAGAGCACUGUGCAAAUUUUACUGACUAAUGGAGCAGACAUAAAUUUAUGUAUGGAGAACGGAGCCAGUCCUCUCUAUAAAGCUUGUCAAAAGGGACAUAAUAGCAUUGUGCAAAUUUUAAUGACUAAUGGAGCAGACAUUAAUUUAUGUAUGGAGAACGGAGCCAGUCCUCUCUUAAUGGCUUGUCAAAACGGACAUAAUAGCACUGUACAACUUUUACUUACUAAUGGAGCAGACAUUAAUUUAUGUAUGGAGAACGGAGCCAGUCCUCUCUUAAUAGCUUGUGAAGACGGGCAUGAUAGCACUGUACAACUUUUACUGACUAAUGGAGCAGACAUUGAUUUUUGUGAGAAAAACGGAGCCAGCUCUCUCUUUAUAGCUUGUCAAAACGGACAUGAUAGCACUGUACAACUUUUACUUACUAAUGGAGCAGACAUUAAUUUAUGUAUAAAGAACGGAGCCAGUCCUCUCUAUCAAGCUUGUCAAAACGGACAUGAUAGCACUGUACAACUAUUACUGACUAAUGGAGCUGACAUUAAUUUAUGUAUGGAGAACGGAGCCAGUCCUCUCUUUAUAGCUUGUGAAAACGGACAUGAUAGCACUGUACAACUUUUACUGACUAAUGGAGCAGACUUUAGUUUAUGUAUGGAGGACGGAGCCAGUCCUCUCUAUAUAGCUUGUGGAAACGGACAUGAUAGCACUGUACAAGUUUUACUGACUAAUGGAGCUGACAUUAAUUUAUGUAUGGAGGACGGAGCCAGUCCUCUCUUUAUAGCUUGUCAAAGCGGACAUGAUAGCACUGUACAACUUUUACUGACUAAUGGAGCAGACAUUAAUUUAUGUAUGGAGAACGGAGCCAGUCCUCUCUUUAUAGCUUGUGAAAACGGACAUGAUAGCACUGUACAACUAUUACUGACUAAUGGAGCUGACAUUAAUUUAUGUAUGGAGAACGGAGCCAGUCCUCUCUUUAUAGCUUGUGAAAACGGACAUGAUAGCACUGUACAACUUUUACUGACUAAUGGAGCAGACUUUAGUUUAUGUAUGGAGGACGGAGCCAGUCCUCUCUAUAUAGCUUGUGGAAACGGACAUGAUAGCACUGUACAACUUUUACUGACUAAUGGAGCUGACAUUAAUUUAUGUAUGGAGGACGGAGCCAGUCCUCUCUUUAUAGCUUGUCAAAGCGGACAUGAUAGCACUGUACAACUUUUACUGACUAAUGGAGCAGACAUUAAUUUAUGUAUGGAGAACGGAGCCAGUCCUCUCUUUAUAGCGUGUCAAAACGGACAUGAUAGCACUGUACAACUAUUACUGACUAAUGGAGCAGACAUUAGUUUAUGUAUGGAGGACGGAGCCAGUCCUCUCUAUAUAGCUUGUGGAAACGGACAUGAUAGCACUGUACAAGUUUUACUGACUAAUGGAGCUGACAUUAAUUUAUGUAUGGAGGACGGAGCCAGUCCUCUCUUUAUAGCUUGUCAAAGCGGACAUGAUAGCACUGUACAACUUUUACUGACUAAUGGAGCAGACAUUAAUUUAUGUAUGGAGAACGGAGCCAGUCCUCUCUUUAUAGCUUGUCAAAACGGACAUGAUAGCACUGUACAACUAUUACUGACUAAUGGAGCAGACAUUAAUUUAUGUAUGGAGAACGGAGCCAGUCCUCUCUUAAUAGCUUGUGAAAACGGACAUGAUAGCACUGUACAACUUUUACUGACUAAUGGAACAGACUUUAGUUUAUGUAUGGAGGACGGAGCCAGUCCUCUCUAUAUAGCUUGUGGAAACGGACAUGAUAGCACUGUACAAGUUUUACUGACUAAUGGAGCUGACAUUAAUUUAUGUAUGGAGGACGGAGCCAGUCCUCUCUUUAUAGCUUGUCAAAGCGGACAUGAUAGCACUGUACAACUUUUACUGACUAAUGGAGCAGACAUUAGUUUAUGUAUGGAGAACGGAGCCAGUCCUCUCUUUAUAGCUUGUGAAAACGGACAUGAUAGCACUGUACAACUAUUACUGACUAAUGGAGCAGACAUUAAUGUAUGUAUGGAGAACGGAGCCAGUCCUCUCUUUAUAGCUUGUCAAAACGGACAUGAUAGCACUGUACAACUAUUACUGACUAAUGGAGCAGACAUUAAUUUAUGUAUGGAGAACGGAGCCAGUCCUCUCUAUCAAGCUUGUUAUAACGGACAUGAUGAAACUGUACAACUCUUACUGACCAAAGGAGCAGACAUUAAUUUAUGUAUGGAGAACGGAGCCAGUCCUCUCUAUAUAGCUUGUAUAAACGGAAAUGAUAGCACUGUACAACGUUUAGUGACAAAUGGAGCAGACAUCAAUUUAUGUGAGAAAAACGGAGCCAGUCCUCUCUUUAUAGCUUGUCAAAACGGACAUGAUAGCACUGUACAACUUUUACUGACUAAAGGAGCAGACAUUAAUUUAUGUAUUGAGGACGGAGCCAGUCCUCUCUUUAUAGCUUGUCUAAACGGACAUGAUAGCACUGUACAACUUUUACUGACUAAAGGAGCAGACAUUAAUUUAUGUAAGAAAAACGGAGCCAGUCCUCUCCAUUCAGCUUGUAUAAACGGAAAUGAUAGCACUGUACAACUUUUACUGACUAAAGGAGCAGACAUUAAUUUAUGUAUUGAGGACGGAGCCAGUCCUCUCCAUAUAGCUUGUCUAAACGGACAUGAUAGCACUGUACAACUUUUACUGUCUAAUGGAGCAGACAUUAAUUCAUGUAUGGAAAACGGAGUCAGUCCUCUCUUAAUGGCGUGUCUAAAAGGACAUGAUAGCACUGUACAACUUUUAGUGACAAAUGGAGCAGACAUCAAUUUAUGUAAGAAAAACGGAGCCAGUCCUCUCUUUAUAGCUUGUCAAAACAAACAUGAUAGCACUGUACAACUUUUACUGACUAAAGAAGCAGACAUUAAUUUAUGUAUGGAGAACGGAGCCAGUCCUCUCCAUAUAGCUUGUCAAAGCGGAAAUGACAGCACUGUACAACUUUUACUGACUAAAGGAGCAGACAUUAAUUCAUGUAUGGAAAACGGAGUCAGUCCUCUCUUUAUGGCGUGUCUGAAAGGACAUGAUAGCACUGUACAACUUUUAGUGACAAAUGGAGCAGACAUCAAUUUAUGUGAGAAAAACGGAGCCAGUCCUCUCUUUAUAGCUUGUCGAAACGGACAUGAUAGCACUGUACAACUUUUACUGUCUAAUGGAGCAGACAUUAAUUCAUGUAUGGAGGACGGAACCAGUCCUCUCUUUAUAGCUUGUCUAAACGGAAAUGAUAGUACUGUACAACUUUUACUGACUAAAGGAGCAGACAUUAAUUUAUGUAUGGAGGACGGAGCCAGUCCUCUCCAUAUAGCUUGUCUAAACGGACAUGAUAGCACUGUACAACUUUUACUGUCUAAUGGAGCAGACAUUAAUUCAUGUAUGGAAAACGGAGUCAGUCCUCUCUUUAUGGCGUGUCUAAAAGGACAUGAUAGCACUGUACAACGUUUAGUGACAAAUGGAGCAGACAUUAAUUUAUGUGAGAAAAACGGAGCCAGUCCUCUCUUUAUAGCUUGUCAAAACAAACAUGAUAGCACUGUACAACUUUUACUGACUAAAGGAGAAGACAUUAAUUUAUGUAUGGAGGACGGAGCCAGUCCUCUGAAUAUAGCUUGUCCAAGCGGAAAUGAUAGCACUGUACAACCUUUACUGACUAAAGGAGCAGACAUUAAUUUAUGUAAGAAAAACGGAGCCAGUCCUCUCCAUUCAGCUUGUCUAAACGGAAAUGAUAGCACUGUACAACUUUUACUGACUAAAGGAGCAGACAUUAAUUUAUGUAUGGAGAACGGAGCCAGUCCUCUCCAUAUAGCUUGUCAAAGCGGAAAUGACAGCACUGUACAACUUUUACUGACUAAAGGAGCAGACAUUAAUUUAUGUAUGGAGAACGGAGCCAGUCCUCUCCAUUCAGCUUGUCGUAACAAACAUGAUAGCACUGUACAACUUUUACUGACUAAAGGAGCAGACAUUAAUUUAUGUAUGGAGGACGGAGCCAGUCCUCUCCAUAUAGCUUGUCGAAACGGACAUGAUAGCAAUGUACAACUUUUACUGUCUAAUGGAGCAGACAUUAAUUCAUGUAUGGAGGACGGAGCCAGUCCUCUCUUUAUAGCUUGUUUAAACGGAAAUGAUAGCACUGUACAACUUUUACUGACUAAAGGAGCAGACAUUAAUUUAUGUAAGAAAAACGGAGCAAGUCCUCUCCAUUCAGCUUGUCUAAACGGACAUGAUGGCACUGUACAACUUUUAAUGACUCAUGGAGCAGACAUUAAUUUAUGUAUAGAGAACGGAGCCAGUCCUCUCUUUAUAGCUUGUGAAAACGGACAUAAUAGCAAUGUACAACUUUUACUGUCUAAUGGAGCAGACAUUAAUUCAUGUAUGGAGGACGGAGCCAGUCCUCUCCAUAUAGCUUGUCUAAACGGAAAUGAUAGCACUGUACAACUUUUACUGACUAAAGGAGCAGACAUUAAUUUAUGUAUGGAGGACGGAGCCAGUCCUCUCCAUAUAGCUUGUCGAAACGGACAUGAUAGCACUGUACAACUUUUACUGUCUAAUGGAGCAGACAUUAAUUCAUGUAUGGAGGACGGAGCCAGUCCUCUCUUUAUAGCUUGUCUAAACGGAAAUGAUAGCACUGUACAACUUUUACUGUCUAAUGGAGCAGACAUUAAUUUAUGUGAGAAAAACGGAGCUAGUCCUCUCUAUUCAGCUUGUCAAAACAAACAUGAUAGCACUGUACAACUUUUACUGACUAAAGGAGCAGACAUUAAUUUAUGUAUGGAGAACGGAGCCAGUCCUCUCCAUAUAGCUUGUCAAAGCGGAAAUGACAGCACUGUACAACUUUUACUGACUAAAGGAGCAGACAUUAAUUUAUGUAUGGAGGACGGAGCCAGUCCUCUCCAUAUAGCUUGUCGAAACGGACAUGAUAGCACUGUACAACUUUUACUGUCUAAUGGAGCAGACAUUAAUUCAUGUAUGGAGGACGGAGCCAGUCCUCUCUUUAUAGCUUGUCUAAACGGAAAUGAUAGCACUGUACAACUUUUACUGACUAAAGGAGCAGACAUUAAUUUAUGUAUGGAGGACGGAGCCAGUCCUCUCCAUAUAGCUUGUCUAAACGGACAUGAUAGCACUGUACAACUUUUACUGUCUAAUAGAGCAGACAUUAAUUCAUGUAUGGAAAACGGAGUCAGUCCUCUCUUUAUGGCGUGUCUAAAAGGACAUGAUAGCACUGUACAACUUUUAGUGACAAAUGGAACAGACAUCAAUUUAUGUAAGAAAAACGGAGCCAGUCCUCUCUUUAUAGCUUGUCGAAACGGACAUGAUAGCACUGUACAACUUUUACUGUCUAAUGGAGCAGACAUUAAUUCAUGUAUGGAGGACGGAGCCAGUCCUCUCUUUAUAGCUUGUCUUAAUGGAAAUGAUAGCACUGUACAACUUUUACUGACUAAAGGAGCAGACAUUAAUUUAUGUAUGGAGGACGGAGCCAGUCCUCUCCAUUCAGCUUGUCUAAACAGACAUGAUAGCACUGUACAACUUUUACUGUCUAAUGGAGCAGACAUUAAUUCAUGUAUGGAAAACGGAGUCAGUCCUCUCUUUAUGGCGUGUCUAAAAGGACAUGAUAGCACUGUACAACUUUUAAUGACUAAAGGAGCAGACAUUAAUUUAUGUAAGAAAAACGGAGCCAGUCCUCUCCAUUCAGCUUCUUGUCGAAACGGACAUGAUAGCACUGUACAACUUUUACUGUCUAAUGGAGCAGACAUUAAUUCAUGUAUGGAGGACGGAGCCAGUCCUCUCUUUAUAGCUUGUCUAAACGGAAAUGAUAGCACUGUACAACUUUUACUGACUAAAGGAGCAGACAUUAAUUUAUGUAAGAAAAACGGAGCCAGUCCUCUCCAUUCAGCUUGUCUAAACGGACAUGAUAGCACUGUACAACUUUUACUGACUAAUGGAGCAGACAUUAAUUCAUGUAUGGAGAACGGAGCCAGUCCUCUCCAUAUAGCUUGUGAAAACGGACAUAAUAGCACUGUACAACUUUUACUGUCUAAUGGAGCAGACAUUAAUUUAUGUGAGAAAAACGGAGCCAGUCCUCUCUAUUCAGCUUGUCUAAACGGACAUGAUAGCACUGUACAACCUUUAGUGACCAUAGGAGCAGACAUCAAUUUAUGUAAGAAAAACGGAGCCAGUCCUCUCUUUAUAGCUUGUCAAAACGGACAUGAUAGCACUGUACAACUUUUAAUGACUAAUGGAGCAGACAUUAAUUUAUGUAUGGAGAACGGAGCCAGUCCUCUCUAUAUAGCUUGUGAAAACGGACAUAAUAGCAUUGCACAACUUUUGCUGACUAAUAGAGCAGACAUUAAUUUAUGUGAGAAAAACGGAGCCAGUCCUCUCCAUUCAGCUUCUUGUGAAAAUGGACAUGAUAGCACUGUACAACUUUUAAUGACUAAUGGAGCAGACAUUAAUUUAUGUAUGGAGGACGGAACCAGUCCUCUCUAUAUAGCUUGUCAAAACGGAAAUGAUAGCACUGUACAACUUUUACUGACUAAUGGAGCAGACAUUAAUUUAUGUGAGAAAAACGGAGCCAGUCCUCUCCAUUCAGCUUGUCUAAACGGACAUGAUAGCACUGUACAACUUUUAGUGACUAAUGGAGCAGACAUUAAUUUAGUAUGGAGAACGGAGCCAGUCCUCUCCAUAUAGCUUGUGAAAACG